AUGUUGCCAUUCCUUCGGGUAGUGCAAAGAGAAAGCGACCCUGAUGCACCUGUAGUACUUGAAGAUAAUCCAUACAAACGGCCGGAUAGAAAAUGUUUGCUUUGCAGUACUGGCAUCGAGUUGGAUUAUAAGAAUGCACGACUUCUACAGCAAUUUGUAUCGACGUUUUCUGGACGGGUGUACGACCGUCAUGUUACAGGACUUUGUGACCACCAACAAAAGAAACUUGUUGAGACAAUUGCGCUUUCGCGAAAGGCUGGGUAUAUGCCAAUAUUUGUUAAAGAUCCAAAAUAUGUCAAGGAUCCGAAACUUUUCGAUCCACUCAAGCCGAUUCGUCCUCACUCUUUCGCCUAA